AUGGAAGAGUAUCAUGCCAUGCCCGCCUCCAGCCCGAAAUGUAACAGCAGCAACUGCAAGAGUCAAACCCCCGGAACAGUCCCCAUUGCCAGAGCCACGCCGCCAUGGAGCAACUUCAAUUUGACGACCCGUGAAGCUGCCGUCUCCAUCUGGCGCGUGGUUGGCGUGCCCAUCACAACGCCCCUCUUGUUCCCAACGAACCUGACUACUGCGUACGCUGCUGCACGUUGGCUGCAGACCUUAAUUCCCCGUCCCCCGGCCUGCUGCUCUCAAUGGAAAGUCGCUGCUACAUCUCUUAGCCUGCCCGCCCGUGUUUCUGUCCUCGCCCCUGUCUCUGCCCAUCUCUUCUCUGCCUGCUCCCCGCCGUACGCACACACGGCCACACAGUUUGUCCUCUGA